AUGUCUCAGUACUUUUAUCCUUUCGAAGCUGAAAAUCCAACGUCGCGAUCGUACUACGAAGAUGAGGAGGAGCAAACCACAUUGGAACAAUAUCAAGAAGAAUCUAUGUGGUCAUCGCCUGUUUUCAGGCUUUCACCAUUAAUGAAACAAGCCCCUAAACUAUCAGCGGAGCUCUUAUUAAUUGGUUUACCUGGAUCUGGAGCGUUAUUCCUGAAUGCAAUCUUCCCACAGAAAAUGCUCGUUGGAUUGCUAUUGAUGCCUGACGCGUCAUCGUCAGGCAAUCCAUUCUCAUCUGAUAUGGCAAGACCAGGAACCGCUGUAUAUCGUGAAAAGAGCAAUCCAAACAUACUUGUCGCAAUGUGUUGGAAUGCAGUAGCUCCUGAGAGAGCAGUGUCAUGGGCGCAGUGUCUGUCUCAAAAUGUGGACGCUAGGAGGAUUGUGAUAUUGGAUUCCUUAUCUGCUAGUAGGUAUCGUCCAGCAGAGUAUGAAACAGAUCAAGUUUCUCCUCCUUGGUUGCGUCAGCUCAGUACCACUGGAUCAGCCAAGGUUGACUCUAUCCCGACUUUGGAAGCUCCUAACAUGCUGACUGGUAUGGGAGCUGCUCUGCUUAACAAGAUGGAAAUGAAACAGCAUACAGCAACGUAUUGCUAUUCAAGUUUGCUAGAGCAAGCCCAUGGAAAGGACCUAGCAUCACAGGAGUCGCUUGUGGCUUAUGAGCCAAUCCUCAAGUCAUUUGAUAUCAAGUGCGAGACCUCAAGUAAAAAGUACACAUCGGCAUUGAAUGCCUACUUCACGCAUUUCAAAGAUCAAUUCCGAACCGACAAGUCUAUCUAUCUGUAA